AUGCGUAUACGAGGAGCGAGAGAGAAAGGCUGCUGUCCCCGUGACCACCCAGAACCAGAGGACUUGAUCAAUACACUGGUAGCCUCAGAGCCACAAAUAAAAGUGCGACGUUACGGACACGCAACUUUCCUUGGCCAUAGCUCGACUCUGUCUUUCAGCCGUAAUGUGCGCAACCUGCUCCAAAAUUCAACCGCCGUGGCAGACCCUGGCAGCGUAUCUGUCGAGCGUGAGGAUGCAUCAUAUGCGACUUCCCUUCCAUCGAUAGUUUUGGACCUGGCGACUGUUCCGCUGCCUGCACUCCAAUAUGCAGAAUACUUGACAAACACCGUCUUGCUGCGACUAGGAUCACUAUAUCGGCUAUUUGAUCCCAAUACCUUCUUCCAGCGCCUUAGAGCCUUCUAUGACGAGAUAUCAAAGCGCAUAUUUCCAGAAGCGAGUCUUUGGCACUUGCAGUUUCUUCUUGUGCUGGCUUUCGGAAAGUCUAUCCUCUCUCGAGAACAUUCCGAUAGGGGGCCAUCGGGGAUGUCUUACUUUACUCUGGUGAUGGAGGCGCUACCGGACAUCCGACGAAUGUACGGAGACCCGUUCUUGUCGAUUGAGAUUCUCUGUCUAGCUUCGCUCUUUAUGCACGCAACGGACAUGCUGCAAGAGUCUUAUGUUUGUAUCGGCCAAGCAGUGAGAGUUUCAGUCACCAAAAGUCUCAAUAGGGUAUUUCCCGAGGCAAUGCGACCGCCGAACGUUCAGUACCAGAGAGAGCUCUGGUGGACAGUCUACUCUAUUGACUGCAAAAGUGCUGCUAUGUUAGGAAGUUCCUUGGUCAUGCGAGACGAAGACAUUUCCAUCCCAUUCCUCGAUAUAAAGAAAGGAGACAAUUCUCAAAAUCUAAUAUUGCUAGUUAUUUAUGGAGUACAAGGCCAUCGAGAUAAGAAUUUUAUUGUUGAGGUGCAAUCAAUUCUUUCCCGCCUGGCAGAUACCUCUGUGGUGCUCAAGGAACAUCUAAACCUUGACAUAGAGCAACUAAACGAUCCGCUCUCGAGAGACGCCGCUACAUUGCACCUGCUAUUGCACCAGCCUGUGCUGUUCUCCCUCUUGGCGCCUGUCCUAAGCUCUGAGAGUAACGAUCGCCACUCAACAUCUCCCCUGGACUCGCUGUUGAGAAUGUGCGUAGAGUCGGCUAUCAACGUUCUGAAGAUCAUGUUCACGCUGAAGAAUCAUACGAUAUGUGAUGUUUUCCUGCCAUAUGACAUUGACGCACUCUUCUCUGCUUCUUUCGCCCUGGUCCUGGUUGAUAUCAUAAGGCCGGCUAAUGGACUAUUGUGGGAUUUACCGCAAGUCAUGGGGCUUCUAGAAGAAUUCGUGUCUAGAAACGUUGCCCCUGCCAAAGCAUAUCGGUCAGACCUAUUGCAGCUUGUAGAGCUACAUAGAAAGAUACGGGGAGCGGAUUUUGCAACUGACGAGACCGUAUCGAGGUUUUGCGAUCCGGCGACUCAGUGUGAUGCGGCGGCAUACACUUUUCCGCCAGUUGGUCCCAUCAUAGUAUCACCGGAUCCGGUAUGGUCGCGAGUCCGGGAGAGCGAUAGCGGCCUUGUUGUCAUGGAUCCAGAGACAAUCAUGUCAGCUAUCAACGACCUUAAUGUCGAGGGCACUGAUCUCUUUAACCUAACGAUGCCUGAUGAAGGGUGGAGAUGGGAUCUUGAUAAGAUAUGA